ACUGAAAGAGCUGUGUUUGCUCCAGAAGGUGAUCAGGAAACGUGAAAUGUCCGUCGUGUCAAACUGUCUUAAGUGCAUUAGAAUGGGGAAAGGCAACAGGAUGGAGUCAUCAUGUCUGGACCUGGCUCUGGAAGGUGAGCGGCUCUGUAAGGGUGGUGACUAUUGUGCCGGCGUGUCCUUCUUUGAGUCUGCCAUCCAGGUUGGAACAGAAGAUCUUCAAAUCCUUAGUGCCAUCUACAGCCAGCUGGGCAAUGCCUACUUUCACCUGCAAGAGUACAAUAAAGCCCUAGAGUACCAUCGACAUGACCUCACGCUUACCAGAACUAUUGGAGAUGAACUUGGUGAGGCAAAGGCCAGUGGCAACCUUGGGAACACAUUAAAGCUUUUAGGGCGUUAUGAUGAAGCAGUGGUUUGUUGCCAAAGACAUUUGGAAAUCACCAGAGCCAUGUAUGACAAGGUUGGGCAGGCUAGAGCGCUGUAUAAUUUCGGGAACGUUUACCACGCCAAGGGUAAAAGCAUCUGCUGGACUGGAUCCGAGCCAGGAGAGUUCCCAGAGGAGGCCCGGAUAGCCCUGAGGAAAGCUGCACAGUACUAUGAAGCAAACCUGUGCCUGGUGAAGGAGUUAGGUGAUCGGGCAGCCCAGGGUCGUACCCAUGGUAACCUUGGCAACACGUACUAUCUGCUGGGUGACUUUGACGCUGCAGCAGCUGCACAUGAAAAGCGGCUACUCAUCGCUAAAGAGUUUGGGGAUAAGUCUGCUGAGAGGAGGGCCCACUGUAACCUCGGCAAUGCUCACAUAUUCCUCAGCCAGUUUGAAGUGGCGGCUGGUCAUUACAAGAGAACUCUGCAGCUGGCCAGGCUUUUGAAGGACAAAGCAGUGGAGGCCCAGGCCUGUUACAGUCUAGGCAACACCUACACACUACUGCAGGACUAUGAGAGAGCCAUAGAUUACCAUCUCAAACAUCUGGUCAUUGCUCAGGACCUCAAUGACAGAGUCGGUGAAGGACGUGCAUACUGGAGUCUAGGAAAUGCCCACACUGCCCUAGGGAAUCAUCAGCAAGCAAUGUACUUUGCUGAGAAACAUCUGGAAAUUGCCAAAGAGACGGGAGACAAAAGCGGUGAGAUGACAGCCACGAUGAACUUGUCAGACCUACGGCUGGUCGUAGGCCUGAAGUCCAACUCCAACAUCCACCCCAACCUCUUCCGCAACACCAACACUAACAGCUCUGCUCUGCCAGCAGGGUCCCAGGGUUACCCCAGCCCCCAAGGGAUCAAGUCUCAACCAAGGAUAAGAGACAGUGCAGAGACUGGACUGAGUCCCAGUCCUGACAGAACUCAAACUGCGGAUUCAUCGACUCAUCCAGACUGGGGAGACGAUGUAUUCCCAGGGUCUUCAAAAAACACAAUCAAGGCUUCUACUAAGCUCUUCCUCUUCCACCGGCUGAAAAGCAAGAAACAGAAGAACAAGCAUGAGCCUUCAGCUCCUGAGCAAGAGGCACCAUUGUCUCCGAAGCCAGGAUCACGGGACACCAUUGGCGAGGAUGGCUUUUUCGACCUCCUCUCUCGUUUCCAGGGCAACAGGAUGGACGACCAAAGGUGCUCCCUACUGGAUGACCAGAGCAAUCUCACUGUUCAUUCCUCUCCCUCCUCCACCCAACCUGUAGCUGAAAGCAAAUCUAUUUUGGAGUGCGAGACACCGUUUCAGGAUCCUGGUCAUUUCCUGGAGCUGCUGGCCAGCUCCCAGGCCCGUCGUCUGGACGACCAACGAGUCAGCCUGAGCCAUUUUCCUGGCUUACGUCUCAGCACCUCCAACCCGCCUUGUACACCCUCCACCUCCAGCACAGAUCAAGUCCCCCCACAAGCCCCGAUCUCCAAUACAGGUACCUCUCACACACCCUCCCUCUGCAGUCGCCUCGAAGCAAGCACUGUGCAACCUGACGGGGACGAUGUUUUCUUCGACAUUCUAGUUAAGUGCCAGGGCUCCCGACUGAACGACCAGAGGUGUGCUGCUCCACUUUCUAAAACCAAAGGACCAACUGUUCCGGAUGAGGAUUUCUUCAGUCUCAUCAUGCGUUCCCAAUCCAACAGGAUGGAGGAGCAGCGAGUUCUGCCGCCCCCUGGCGUCACCCAAUCCAAACCAGACUGACUCCUUUUCCCCUCCCACACCAAAGGAUCAACCAGGAUUAACUUUGUGCUUGAAAAUGUUGACCGACUCGGCUUUGCGACCCAGGUCAAGAGGUGGGUGGGACACGGGUCGAUUUCAAUCUGAAUUGCACUGGAUAAGGGUCACUGACAAAGGGGUGGGACAGAUUAUGUAAUUGGUUGAAAACGAGAGGCACAGUUGUCAAGGUCGCUGCGCAUUUUGAGA